CAGCGACAGAGUCCAGGGGUGUGUGUCUGCGGACACAUCCAAGUGAAUUGACACCGUUCCGCAUGCACAAUGACCAUCAGAAGUGUCCUGUAAUUGCCGUGCCAGCCUGCGCAAAGGGGGCUGAGGACCCCACCCUAGCCAGUCGAGAAGCGGGGUCGAGCCCAGGACUCCACCCGAGAGCGGCCUGGUGUUGAGACACCUCCCACACCGAGGGGUGCAGGGUGGUCCACCGGCCCCACCGAGGCGCCCCGAAAACCGGCCACCCAGAGGAGUCUGCAGGGACCCAAUGCCACCCCUCCAGCCAACCCCCACACUGCCCCACAGGCCCCACCACCAAGACCGGCAGCAGACAUAGAAAGGUCUUCCUCCCAUUUAGUGAUUAGUAAAUGCAUUGAUUUAGUGCAUGGUGUUAUAAACUUUUUUUCCUUUGUGGGAGAAGCUUCACUAUUGUCUGAACAAACUCCGCCGGUUCAAGGGUGCCCUGAAGUGUUGGUAUUCUUUUUGUUAUUUUAUUGCUGCGUUUAUUGUAUUGAAGUAAGUUCCCGCCUGUUAUUUGAAAUUCUUGGAACAGUUCAUCACGUGUCAUAAAAGUAUUAUUGUCAAAUAGUUGUUCCAUGUUCCCAUAUGCUAAAGCAGGGGUGUCAAACUCAUUUUUGUCACGGGCCACAUCGCAGUUAUGACUUCCCUCGCAGGGGCGCUACGACUGUCGACCCAUAUAAAUGAAAGAUUACCUCAAAUACUGUAAUUACAGUAUACACAACACAUUGAUGAAUAACCAGUUUUGAAAUCAGAAGCCUUUUCAAAGGGGGAUUGGUAAAAAAAAAAAAAAAAUGCUUGCAAAUAUCUCAAUGGUAUUACACCAGAACACAAUUAGCGAUUUUGAUUUGCUUUCGCGGGCCACAUAAAAUGAUGUGGCGGGCCGGAUCUAGCCCCCGGGCCACCAGUUUGACACCCGUGUGCUGAAAGUAAAGGCAUAUGUUGUUAAUUUCAAAAUCUGGAUUGUGCUAGAUUUGGGAGAGCAUAGUGGGAGCUAAUUGAGAUUCUGUAGCUUCAAGACUUUUCCACCAUGCCGCUAAGGUGGAUGCGAUUAUUGGGUUCUUGAAACGUUUACAUGCAGUUUUGAGAGUUUGAUGAUGUCGCAGUCUAUCCGUUGUAAUUCUAGCUAACAAUGAUGCUCCUCAUUGUGGUGCAUCCAUUUGACGAGGUAUUGUAAUUGAUUAGCUAAAUAAUAGUGUUUAAAGUGGGGAGAAUUCAGGCCUCCCUCCUGUUUACUUUUAUGAAGAGUUGAUAAACAUUCUAUUUUUCUUAUUUUCUUGAAUAAAUUCUUAGGUUUGGAACCAUUUUAAUGUGGUCUUAAAUGGAUUAAUUGAGAAUAAAUACACUGGGGAACACAAUUUUUGUUGAGUUAGGUCUGACAGCUGUUUUUAACUAAUUUUUGGGUGCGGAAUCCAAAACUAAUCUGAGUUUUUCUCUAUCAUGUCAAGUUUCUUUAAACAAUGUGGAACAAAGGAAAUGUAUAACUACGUAAAUAAAACGCUAAAAUGGAAUAGUUUCAAGCUUAGAAAACAAAAAAAAAACGAAAUACAACUUACGGUAUGCCCAUGGUUACAAAGUAAAGGGAAAAGCCAGCACAAAUCCUCUUAAUUCCUACUAUGCUAGCUUUCUGUUUCCAGAUAUUGCUAGUACUGACCUAUUUGGAGCUCGAUUGUGACUGCACAAACAAGUUACCGCGUCGCUGUAGAUGAGUCCUAUUGUUAUCAGAUGGCGAGUCUUACUUCAACUAAUCAGUGGAAUUUUGUGAUUUUUAGGGGGGCCUUAAAGUGAUCCACCAUGUCUUCCCAUACAUGCAUAUCAUUCAUUAUUAAGAACAUAUAAUUAAAGGUAAUUUGAGCAAAUUUGUUAUUUCAGAAGAGUAUCAAACUGGGAGCCCAUCGCAUCAGUGUCAAACAGGUGCGCAGGGCUGCGGCGAAAACAUUGUGGACAUGGUUGACAUGGAGGACGAAACCUUUGCGAUCUCCAGUUCCUCAGCUGCUGACACUGCAUUCGACUCUGUUAUUGGUUGCAUAGAAGACAUCAUUAUGGAGGAGGCUUUCCAGCUACUACAGCAGAACUUCAUGGAGAAACACUACCAAGAGUUUGACAACACUGAGGAGAACAAGCUCAGCUACACGGCCAUUUUCAAUGAAUAUGUGGAGCUGUUGGAGAAAUAUGUGGAGCAGCAGUUGAUCAAGAGGAUCCCCAGCUUCAAUAUGUCCACCUUCAUUGAGCAUCUCAUGGAGCACAAAGACGAGGUGUCAGGCGACAUUGUUGACAUACUGCUGUCCUUUAUUGACUUUGUGGCCUUCAAGGAGAUGGUUCUGCAAUACAAAGUGGAAAAGGAGGGACGAAGUCUGGACCUGAGCCAAGGACUGAUAGUCACACCUUUAACCCCUGCAGCCUCCACCCACACUGGAUCCAAUCAGUUGCAAUGACACACACACACACAAUAGACACGUGUAUGUAUGCCACAUUAUGUAAAAUAUUGUUGAUUGAACUCAAAACGCAUCCAUAAACCUCAAGUCUGACACAUAGGAACAGACAACCCCUCACAGCGAUAGAAAUGUAGUCCUCAGUGAAGCUUGCGUGUAUGUUUUUGCACCGUGGGAGGAAGUUGGCGAUCCCACACAAGCUGAGGGAGAACAUGCAGACCCCACACAGAUUCAGAGACUCAUCCAAACCGAAACAUGCUUGUUGUUAUAGAAGAGGUGCUAACCAAUGUGCCAGUGUGCUACCACAGCUGGACCCCUGAAAAGUGUAUUUGUGUCCAAAACAUCCCCAAAUGCUAAUUCCCUGUACAUCCCUAUACAGUGGUUUAAGAUGGAAAAUGAAGAAGACUUGAUAUGUUACAUUCAUCUUUAUUCAUAAACAACAUCAGGAGGAUUGUUUUUUUGUUGUUGUCAUAAAUACUAUUCUUGUUGGUACUAAUCUUAACUUAUGUUUUUGUCGAGCAAAUAGGACUAUGAGAGAUGCGCAGACUGAUGGGGAAAAAAAAAACACGUUUGCAUUAGAUGUUUUGAGUUUGUGGCUAAACAAGAAUUCCUCACAUUUUUACAAUAUUGGUUUGAUUGCAUGUUGUGCCUGUGAAAGUGAUUUAAAAAAAAAAAAAAAAAAAUGUAAAUAGUGAUUUGUAUAGUGUAUUUGUGUAAUGAUGAAAUGCUUGUGACACAUUUUCUAAUAAACAGGAGAAAAGCCUUCAA